AUGGCGUCGUCGUUCGCUAAUUGCUCCUACGCGCCCGAUCCGAGUGCUGGCGACGCGAAUCCAUUCAACUACGGCGAGCGCAGUCUGCUGGACGAUCGGGACAAGCGUGGAGUGACGCGAGCAUCGAGCCUAGCCCUACCGAACCACACGCUGCUGGAUCUGUUGGAGCAGAAGCAGAAACUGUACGACACAAUCCACCUGACGCCACCGCCGAAGGGCAAUGGUACCCGGCGCCAUUCGUCCGAUUCGUUCCCGAUGAUCGAGAAUGAGAGCUUUCAGAUACCGCAGCGACAGAGCAAAAAGUCGGCCCAAGCUUUAACGCCCGGCCCGCUGGUGCCACCGCCCGUACCGAAGCGAACCUUUCAGGGUAACUUUCCGCGCAAACCGCCCGACUCGUUCGAGGUGCAGAAACGUGCCUCGCUGCUCGCCCUGGACAGCUAUCAGCAACAGCAGCAGCAGGUGCAACAGCUACAGCAGCAACUGCAGCAGCAGCUUCAACAUCAACAGCAGCAGGCGCAGCAGCAGCAGCAGCAGCAAACCUACGCCCAAUUUGCCCGCGCCGAGCGUAUCUGCAAGUCCGCCUUUGAGGAUCAACCGUUCGGCUACUAUCCGGCGCCGAAGAGUGCGAAAAGCAGUGGAUCGGGUGUCGGUGGCGGCACCUGCCACAGUGUCAGCGCGACCAGCUUCGACGAUCUGGCCGAACCGGAUGACUUUGUGCUGUUCAGCAAGAAGAUGGCCUCGAUCGAGUCGAACCGCUCGUCGAGCGAUUCGAACAAAUCGCAAACCACCAUCGACACCGGGUACGUGUCGGCAAACGAAACCGACCGUUCCAUACUGACCGGCGGCAGUUGCUCGUCGGCCAAGGGCGGUGCGUCCUCCUUUCGCAGCCGGUUCUCCUCCGAGGAUACGCAGUCCUCGCUGGACAGUUUUCUCUCGUCCGAGCUACACCGUACCGAUACGAUCGAUUCACUACCGCUGAACGAUUCACCCUUUAGUCUGAAGAAGAAUGUGUUCAACUUCGAUCUGAAAACGUCGCCGCUCAUCCGCGGCAGCAGUACCGUUUCGCCCAACUCCAUCGACGAAAAGCUGGACAACUGUUCGCCCCGCAGCAUCGAAAGCAAGGGCUCCCGGAAGCUGCCGACCGUGCCCACGCGCAAAGGUCCCGCCAGUGGAAUUGUAAUGCAGCCGAAACUCCCACCACCGGGUAGUGCUGGUGGUGGCAGCAGUCGCAUGACACCGCCACUACCACCGUCACGAUCCCAGCAGGCCUUCGAGACACGGAAGCUACAGAAGCUACAGCAGGCUCAACAGCAGCAGCAGCAGCAGCAGCAGCAAACGCAGCUCAACAAUGUAGCGUCGGUGCACAAAACGGCGCUGGAAAGCUUGCAGGAGCUGUACAGUAGACCGCUGGGUAUACGGCGUAACAUCCACCGGCCACCGCCGCUCAGCCAGCAGCAACAAAUGAUCGGCGGAGCGAAAGGUUCGGUGAUUGGUCAACGCCAAGACUCGACCAUCUCGAACGACGGCUUCGCCAUUACCUCAAGCCCGGGCUAUCAUAACAAAGCGAUGGAGAGCUCGUUGCUGCAGCAACAUACCACUUCCAAGUUCACCCGUUCGACCAUUCGCGGCAAGGUCACCAUGGACACGCCGACUGGUGGCGUUGCUAGCACGAACACUGCACCCAACAAUCUGACGGCUAUUCUGAAUUCGGCAGGUUUGACACCGGGAGGACCCAACGUUACUCCCACGUCCAUCACUCCGGGAUCGGUUAGUUCGGCGAACGCCACUAGCGAUGCUAUGGGAGGAAUCGGGGUAACCACCAGUACGAUACGAUCCGUACCGCCGCGUGUAAGCAUGCGACAGGACUCCAGCAUAUCCAGCGACAGCUUUAGCCAAACAUCCAGCCCCAGCUACAACUCAAAAAUCAUGGAAGCUCCGCUCCUAUCGCACGCCGCCAAGAUGCCCAAGGUGUCGAAACCGAUCGCGAAGAAUCUGGACGAAAUUACGAAGGAAUCGCCGGCGGACGUGAAUGGAACGGCCGCGAUCAUCAAGAGUGCAUCCACCCCGGCCAGCCUGCAGACGAUCGUGCGGCUUUCCAACGGAUCGAACGUUAGUCUACAGCACAAGAAGUUUCAAAUUUUAAAAGCACGCAAAAACUCAAACCCCUACGUCACUAGCGGACGGUUAAAGUUCCGCCUCUGCCAGAUACUGUUAAAUGCCGUCGGUUUGCUUGCGAUUGCCGGUGGACUAGCGGCCUACUUCAACGCCUACCCGACGAUUAAGUUUGUCAAUCAAACCAUCACCCGGACGGCCAUCCCUUCGUCGUCCCCAGGUGGCAGCGCCUCGGCCGGUGCCGGUGUUAUGUCGUCGGUGCCCUCCUCCGGCUCGGGAGUUCCCACUGCCGGAUCACCCGGGCGCACGGCCUUGGAUCACGCCGGUGGGUACCGUGGCGAUCGUAAUCCAGCACCCGGUGUCUGUCUGCCGGUGAUCGUGAAGUUCUGCCAGCAGCAUCGGGUCCCCUACAACUAUACCGUCUUUCCGAACUACAUUGGACAUUUCGCCCAGCCGGAGGCACAGAUCGAGAUCGAUCUCUUCGAGGCGCUGGUCGAUGUGCAGUGUUACGAGCUUGUUCCACUGUUCUUAUGCUCUCUGUUUGUGCCUAAAUGCGGUAAUUCCGGUUUAACCGUACCGCCAUGUAAAAGUUUGUGUAUUGAAACGAUGCGUCGAUGCAGUUUCUUCUUCGACGUGUUUGGACUGGAGCUGCCAGAGUAUUUGCGCUGCUCGAUAUUCAACGAUGCCGUAUCGGACCAGGAGGAGUGUGUUGGGAUGGCCGAGUACAAGGAAUCGAUUAUACGAUCCCGCCGGCCAAUGGUUUGUUCGGGGUUUCUCUGUGACAAGCGGCGUUGCAUACCGAACGACUGGAAGUGUGACGGCCACGUGGACUGUCUGGAUCAGACAGAUGAGGCACACUGUGACUUCUGCGGUGACGAUGCCAUUCAUUGCGGCGAGGGACAGUGUAUGAGCCAGAAGCAUGUGUGCGAUGGUACGGUGAACUGUCCGUACGGACAGGAUGAAAGGAAUUGCAUACGACUUAGCGAACGAAAUGGUGAUCUCGGCCGUGGCACCUUGGAAGUCUAUAAAGCGGACCUGAAACAGUGGGCACCGGCGUGCGUUAAAAACUGGGAUCCGGCGACGUCUCCUACCAUGAUCUGUUCCCUCUUGGGUUACAGCUCUGUCAACUCUAGCCGCACGGCAAUGCGAGGUUCGAACCGCACGCUAAUCAGCACGAAGGAUGCCUCGUCGAUGUGGCGCAUGUACCAAAAGAAGGACGUUAACCUGAUCAAGGAGUUCAACAGCUGCGACAUCAACUCGCGUUACCCGGUGGCAGAGCUGACGUGUUCUAAUUAUGAGUGUGGCAAGGUACGGAACAAAAAGAACUUCAAGGCAACGAAACGGAUCGUUGGCGGAUUGACAUCAAGCCCCGGUGACUGGCCAUUCGUAGCAGCCAUUCUUGGUGGUCCGGAGGAAGUGUUCUACUGUGCCGGAGUACUGAUCGCAGACCAGUGGGUCUUGACGGCUUCGCAUUGCAUCGGCAACCACACGAUGCGGAACGUCAACGAUUGGACUAUUCAGCUGGGCAUUACUCGACGGCACUCCCACACCUACUACGGACAGAAGGUGAAGGUCAAGACGGUCAUACCACAUCCGAUGUACAAUCUGCACAUUCCGCACGACAACGACAUUGCACUGUUCCAGCUUGCCACCAGGGUAGCCUUCCACGAGCAUCUGCUUCCAGUCUGCCUUCCGCCACCACACAUUCGGGAACUACCGACCGGCAUUAACUGCACCGUUGUAGGAUGGGGAAAACGGGAAGAACGUAACUCAACUCCAAAUGGUGCAUCGUACGAACCGACGCUCAACGAGGUAAACGUACCGAUCGUAAGCCGGGAUGUUUGCAUCGAUUGGUUGGAAACGUUCAACGUGACCGAAGGCAUGAUUUGUGCCGGCUAUCAAGAGGGUGGCCGGGACGCAUGUCAGGGUGACUCCGGUGGUCCACUGCUGUGUCCUUAUCCGAACGAGAAGGACCGCUGGUACGUUGGGGGUAUCGUCUCCUGGGGCGUACGGUGUGCCCAUCCAAAGCUGCCCGGUGUGUACGCCAACGUGCCCAAAUUUAUUCCAUGGAUUCUGUCGCAAAUCAACAAUCACUCCGUCUUACAGACCGAUACAAUAGGCCGAUAA